AUGAAUGCAUUUGAGAUUCAAUCUUGAACAAAAGAAUUUGAAGAUCAAUUUAGGAGUACGAUAUCUUUUAUUCCACAAGCAGGUUGUCUAGAAGAUGAACUUUGAAACUCAAAAAAGAUUGAGAAUAUUAUUAAAUCUUUGCCUAACAGAAAAGCUCCUGGACCAGAUAAUAUAACGAAUGAAAUAAUAAAAAAAGGAGGAGAUAUAAUGGUAGAAGCAAUAACACAUUUUUUAAAUACUUGCAGAAAUUUAUGGUAUACCGGAUGUUGCAAAUGAAGCUAA